CUGCCUGUCCGAUACAAGAAAAAAAUGUAUCGUCGCCCAGGCUAUGGUGGUCGUUCCAAAACUGACCCUGCUACUGUUUGCCAGAAAUGCCUACAGAGAGGUCACUAUAGCUACGAGUGCAAGGCAACUGCGCAGGAGCGACCAUAUAAAUCACGACCAUCACGAACACAGCAGCUGUUGAACCCCCAGCUCAAGCCGAAGCUUACCACCGAGGUCCCCAAUGACCUGUUGCGUAAAAAAGGUGUUGCCGAUGAGAUUCUCGCGAAGAAAGAGCAGGAGCGUGGCAGAAAAAAUGGACGCAAUUCUCCGGUAGGGCGUUCACGUUCCGCGUCCUACGACUCGGUUUCCACGAUAUCCACAAACCGUUCGCCAUCUCGUUCGCCGCCGCCACGUCGUAUUGAUAACGAGAAGCCAGCGCUUCGUGAUGACGAAAUGCUAGGCAAGCGACGCCGAGGAUCUUUAUCCUCUUCCUCGGAUCGGUCGCCAGAGAGGGCAGAACGUCACACGAGGCGCAGGAUGAGCUCUUUCAGCCCCGAACGCCGGGGUCGCCGGAGAGCCCGCUCGAAGUCAAGCCGUAUGGAUAUCUCACAUGACCGCGAUCCGGACAGGACAAUGCGGGCGCAUCGCCCACGGAGCCGAGGCGCAAGGAGGGACAUUGGACGCCGAUCUCCUAGCUUGGAUCGGAUGGACACCACAGAAGACCAUGAUGGCCCGACGAGUGGAAUUGAUCGUGAAAGUCCUGUUCCGCGAAGGAAAUGGGAGUCGUCCCCCAAGCAACGCCGGAGGUCUCCAUCCAAUCCACGUUCAAGGUCUCCCUACCGUAGGAGUCCUAGUCCUUAUUCGAGGCGCCGACGUCAAAGAUCGCCUGGUUCAUAUGCAAAGCCUCACAAUGGCCUUGACCGUGACGGCGCUAAUAACCAUAAACGACAGGGCAAUUUUGGCCGCCAACAUGCUCCACCGCCCACACGUCAAGCUCCGGCAGCCGAGCCACUGCCGCCGAGGGAACGUAGCUUGAGUCCUUAUAGCAAACGUAUCGCCCUGACAAGACAAAUACAGAGUGGACAUUGA